CAACCCGUGUGACUUGACAGCGGUGGGUUUUGGAGCGGAGCGACUCCGCGAGCGGAAAGUGAGAAGCGGACACGGGAGCACCUGAGCCCGCGUCUCCUCGCGAGCCAGCAGCCUCUUUGAGCAUCACUGCACGUUAAGAAGCGCAGCUGUAGUUUGGCGCAGCGGCGUGCGGAACAUCCGCGCCUCGGGCUCGUUUGAACUUGGCGUAAAAAGAUGUAACCGGGACGAAUGACACGGUGACAUGGAGCAGUCGGCCACUCUCGACAUAGAGUCGCUGAAGAUCACCCAGGAGCAGUUCAUCCUCGCGUCUCAGUCGCUGCACCUCCAGCGUCCAGGCUGCGAGGCCGUCUACCCAGUGGGUCUGUACGGCUGGAGGAAGAGAUGUCUGUAUUUCUUCCUGCUGCUGCUCCUGGUCACCAUGAUAGUAAACCUGGCCCUCACUGUCUGGAUCAUGAAAGUCAUGAAUUUCUCAGUGGAUGGAAUGGGAAACCUCCGUCUGGAACAGGAGGGGAUUCGCCUGGAAGGCAUCUCCGAGUUUCUCCUGCCCCUCUAUGUGAACGAGAUCCGGUCCAGAAGGGAAAGCGUGUUGGUCUUGCAAUCGGACAAGAACGUGACGCUGAACGCCAGGGACGACCGAGGCCAGCUGACCGGCCAGCUCACCGUGGGACCCGAGGCUGUGGAGGCCCAGUGUCAGAAGCUGGAGGUGCGGAGUCGAGAUGGAGGAAGACUGCUGUUCACCGCGGAUGAAGAGGAAGUUGUCAUGACCACAGAAAAGUUCACCGUCACAGGCUCCGAGGGCGCCGUGUUCGGACACUCAGUGGAAACUCCCCUGAUCCAGACGAGGGCCUCUGAAGACCUGAGACUGGAGUCUCCAACACGGACUCUGACCAUGGAGGCUCCCAGGGGGGUCGAAGUGAGUGCCGCCAAGGGUCCGCUGAAGGUCAGCAGUCGAAAGGACCUACAGAUGGAAUCGACAGAGGGAGAGAUUCUUUUGGACGCCGACACCAUACAGCUGGGGAGCCUCCCGCUCGGCGUCUACACAGCGUCCGCCGGCCAGGCCUCCCGAGAACAGGCCGCGUACGAGGUGUGCGUCUGCCCCAGUGGCAAGAUCUACCUCUCGCCUGCAGAGGGCAGCUCCACCUGCCAGGCCAUGAGCAACAUCUGCCUCUGGAGCUGACCUGGGAGCAGCGUCGGCCAUCGUGGGGGGGGGGGGGGGGGGACUGACAGCUGAGACUCCAGACUCCUUCGUUGGUCGAGGGUGAACCUCGUCUGGGGGGAGAUGGAGCUCAAAAUCGUCCGUGUCUGAGCUGUUUUCAGAUCCCCACAGAGGCAUCGGCAGGGGUCCCCUGAAGGUUGGCCUGAGCAGCUCUCCGAAGUCAGGAAUGUCGCAUUCAAACAAGAACGUUUGUACAACCUUAGAUUAGAGUCAGAGGACGCAAACGUUUAUUUUUCUACUCUGAGUUCAGUGUGAACACACGGUGAGUGUUUUUAGGAUUCACAAAGAACAAGAAAAGACUAAACACAGGUGCCUUCCGCCGCGAGAGACGUCGGAGUCGUGGGUUCCCGAAGUUGUGGUAGAAAGUGAACUAAGCACAAUUCUGUCAUGUUUUUUCACCCCCAGUUUUUAGAUUAUUUUGAGCAUUCUUAAUAUAUAUUUUAGUUUUACCCACUGUGUCAGCAGCUGUUUUUGGAAUUGAACAUGUUCUUAUGUGGCACACAUUGUACUUGACCUUGAUAAAGACGAGUGAAACAACACGAA